AUGGAACAGGAGAACAAAGUAAAACUACAUGGCAUGUGGGCUAGUACUUACUCUCUGAGAGUGGAAAUAGCUCUCAGGCUUAAAGGCAUACCCUACGAGUACAUUGAAGAAGACUUGAGCAACAAGAGCCAGUUGCUCCUCAAGUACAAUCCGGUUCACAAGAAGGUCCCGGUGCUGGUCCACAACGGAAAAUCCAUUGCUGAGUCAUACAUCAUCCUAGAAUACAUUGAUGAAACUUGGAACAGUGAUCCUCGGAUUCUGCCUGAAGAUCCUUAUGAAAGAGCUAAAGUUCGAUUCUGGGCCUCUUAUAUCCAGCAACAGUUGUUCGAGGGCCUGAGUCGAGUGGUGACAAGCCGUGGUGAGGCACAAGAGAAAGCGCUCGAGGAAGUGUUUGAGAGACUGAAAGUGUUAGAAGGAGGAAUGAAGGAAUAUCUUCAAGGAGGAGCUUCUUUCACCAAUGGAGAGAGUUUGGGACUUCUAGACAUAUUGAUGGUUGUAACAUUUGGCCCUUACAAGGCUCAUGAAGAAGUCCUUGGUUUCAAAAUGUUAGACCCAGAAAGGAAUCCAUUGUUGUUCUCAUGGGUUGCAGCAAUGAAGGAGCAUCCGGUGGUGAAAGAAGUUGACCCUCCUCAUGACAAGCUUGUUGAACUGCUUCAGUUUAUUAAAAGUACCAGUCAUGCUAGAUCACAUUAGUUGACCAUAUUAUGUGACGGACGGCUAUGAUCCAUUUGUUACAUCAAUUAUUGUGUACUGUAGACACUGGUAUAUAUAGUAUGCCUUUGAGUUUGAGUUUGAGUUUUGAAUAUUGUAAUAAACGUAAAAAACAAUCGGCUUUUGUUCUUCAAAUCUUCGUCCACAAACUCAUAUGGUGUGCCUUUGAGUUUGAGUGCUAUUUCCACCCUCUUAACAGAAGGGCUAGGUAUCCCUCUUUUAUUCUUUCUU